GGUUAAAAAUGACAACGCCUCAACUUGAAAAAAUCUUGAAAUCGACCCACGACGCAAAAUGUGAAGGAAUGCCAAACUAAACGUCAAUAAAAAUCAUGUCGACAGGCAAAAAGGGAAAAAAGAGUAAAGGAAAGAAAAUUUCUUUGCAAGAGUUUGUGCAAGUGCCCGGCGGAACUGGCGUAACUCAGGUUCAGGUGCCCACGAAGCUCAGUUGGGCCGACGAGUGCGACGAAGACGAUGACAUCCAAUCGACCAGCACGAAAAUCAUCGAGCUGCCAACAGCUCCGCGCGCUGCCCGUUUAUUAAAUGACGACUGCGUUCCGGCAAAUCCCCCGUUUUUGGUUUACUUAUCUAAUCUGCCGUACGACGUCGAAGACGAAGACAUUGAGGAAUUUUUCCGCAACUUUAUCGUCGUUACGAUCCGUUUGCCACGCGACGAUGACGGCACAAAAUCACGCGGUUACGGCUACGUCGAAUUCGAGACGCGCGAAGAGCUGAUCGAUGCGUUGUCGAUGCCCGAUCCGACAAUUCGUGGGCGUCGCAUCAAAAUUGACUUGACGAGUGAAAAUGAUGGGCGACGCGGCGGAAGAAAUAAUCGCUAUGGCGACAAUUACGGCAGCUCCGAUCGCAAUAACACAAAUUGGCGUGAUCGACAAGAUGGCGGCUUCGCAGGGGGACGAGAUCAGGUCGAUGGCGGAAGACGACGCAACGAUUACGGAAACAGACGAGGAAAUGAUCGUGAACCUGUUGUCGUUGAAGCGGGCGAAGAAGGCUCUUGGCGCAUGGGAGACAGACCGAAAUACAGUCCGCCACGCGAACGCAAACAAUACGAUAGACCGCCACGUGACGAUCGCGACAACAAUUUCCGGGACAACAACAGAGAUCGAUUCGGCGGAAGACGACGCAACGACUACAACGAUCGCGGCGGCGGCGCGCAAGAAGAAGAAGUUCAAGCGGAACGUCCCAAGUUGAAUUUGAAGCCACGAACAUUGCCGAUGCCGGAAUUGACAUUCCCGAAGGAAGAACAAAUCCCGACGGCGUUCAAGAAUACGAAACAAAAUGGCGAUGCCGAGCACGGUGAUGAUGUUCAGCAAAACGGAGAUCACGAAGAGGAGCCUGUUGUCGAAGAAAAGCCCAAACCACGCGGAGCUCCGAGUGCAGCAGUUUUCGGAGACGCAAAACCCGUCGAUACUGCAGCCAAGGAACGUGAAGUUGAGGAGAAACUCGCGCAACGACGUCUCGAACUCAAACAAAAGGCUGAAGAGGAGCGCAAACGGUUGGCAGAGUCGAAAGAAAAUGAAGGAAAUAAAGAGGAAGGCGACGAAAAUGGGCACGACGAAGAGACAAAUAGUGAGCAACAACCCAAAUCUGCCGAACCUGUCAAGAGUUGGCGCACGAAAGACGACGACAAUAGACCGCGUAACAAAAAUUAUAGUCCUGAACGCGACAACAGAGGAGGACCUCCAAGGAGGCAUGACGGCAAACUAAGAGAUCGCAACUACAACCGAGAUAAUCGUGACAAUCGUGAUCACAGACCCAACAAUGACAGAUACGGUAACAACAGGAAUAACCGAAACUACAAUCAAAAGGAUGGUCGAGGCGGAUAUCGCGGCGGAGAUCGUGAUCGGGGACACGGAGGUCCUCCGCCAAGGCAUCAAGAUCGUGAACGCCGCGAAUACAAUCGCGAUCCGCGAGAUAUUGAAGAACGUAUGCCGAAACUCAAGCCGAGUGAGGGAGCGAACUUUUCUGUAUCCAAUACAUUUGCUGGUUUGGUCGUCGAUGACCUGGAAGAGUGAAAAUACCUUCGAAAUUAUCGUGCAGCAACAAAACCUGGUGUAAGUAAGAGCUGCAAAGAAUGAAAGCAUUAAAAAAAAGAGUAAAAAAAUUAUUUGUGACGAAAAUUAACGGUUAAAAAAUUAUUAAAACAAAGCAAAAUAUUUUAUCAACUUUUGACAUUUAAAUCUGCAAAGAAAAAAAACUCGUUCGUACGUUAGUUCGUUCGUGGAAUGCCUAUCCAAAUAUAAAAUAAAAAAAUAAACCAAAAUAUAUUCUCAUUGUGAAGAAAAAUUAAAUAUAAAUAAUCUUCUGCGACAAAAAAAAAAUAAAUAUACAAAAAAGGAGAAAGAAGCCUCAGGGCGCCCACAAUACAAAUUUUGAUACAGAACUACGUUGUUUCACGUGCGACAUCACCUUUAAUACAAGGGAAAAUCAUAUUUACGCAUAAAACGGUUGAAAAACGAGAAAAAAUACGAAAUAAGAUUAAUCAUUGUAAUAAAAAAAAGACGUUUAAUGUUCAUCAAACCUUGAGAAAAAAAAUAAAAAUAAAAUGAAAAUAAACGCAAAAAAUCGUAGGAUGGCAAAACAAAGAUUGAGACGGGCUGUAGAAUUUGUAAACAUAGGAAGCUUUAGUAAUAAUUUUCUUUUAUUUUCUCAGAAACUACAGACCCUCCCAGAAUUGCGACUUUCGUAGUUUCAAUUCUGGGAGGGAUUCGUAAAAAAAAGCUCCUUUUUAACUACUAAACAAAAAAUUGUACAGUUCGCUGUUUAUUUUGGGAACAAUUUUCUUUUUUUUUAUCCACCUUUUGUGUGAGAACAGUAGCUCAACAAUGCACCAAUGAGAAUAUAUUAAUUAUGUUUAGUUUAAAAGUUAAAGUCGUCGAAGAUAAAUAUUUUUUUGUUCCAUUAUUUUUUUUUUGUUGAAUAGUAAAAUACAUAUAAUAAUAACAGAGUGUUUUUUAAUCGGAUAUGGAAAAAAUGAUUUUUGUCUAUAAAUAAACAUAAAGAAAAAAAAGUAAAAAAAAAAUAAUCAUAAUAUUAAUAUUGUAUCCCAUUUGUAAAACUUUAUUAUUAAUUAAACAUAAAAUAUGUGUAAAUUAAUU